UAAACUAGCUGCUAGGUAAUUCCACGGGAUGUCGUGAGCUACCAGUCACUGUUAUUCGUGACCGUUAUAUUUGAAGAGUUUAGAUUGCAAUUCAGUGUGUAUUGCCGUUAGCAAGUUGGAUAGCUACAUUGACUAUCAAUUUGACACUCCUGUCAUGGCCUUGCGUGGAAAAUAAUCAAGCUGUGAUUCCCUCGACUGCGCGAGCUCACUGGUUAAACUCAGAGUUUACAAAAUAAAUGACUGGUUUAGCUAACGUUAGUUUGCUAGUCAACACGAUUAGAUCAAAGAUUACAUGAUCAGGGCAAACAUAAACAAAGGAAAUGUGAGCGUCCCCUCAGCAUGCUGUCAGCUAAACUCGAGACUGGCCUCGAGGCCCCCAAAAGGUGAUUCAGAGAAGGGCGUUGUUAGUUUCUCCCUGGACACAAGGGCCACUGUCCUCUGAUUGGCUCGGAAUACCCCCUCUGACAUGCCCGUGGCCAAUCAGAGGUGUGUGAUGUCGGGGGGGGAGGUGGAGGUGUACCUGUCCCAGGUUCAUGAUGGAAGCGUGUCCUCAGGGUUCCGGGCGCUGUACGAGGAGAGGCUCCUAUUGGAUGUCACGCUGCUGAUAGAGGAACACCACUUCCAUGCACACAAGGCCCUGCUGGCGACCCAGAGUGACUACUUCCGUGUCAUGUUCACAGCAGACAUGAGAGAGAGAGAUCAGGACAAGAUCCACAUGAAGGGGUUAACGGCUGCCGGCUUCGGCCACGUCCUGAGGUUCAUGUACUACGGUUCACUGGAGCUCAGCAUGGUCACUGUGCAGGAGAUACUACAGGCUGCCAUGUAUGUCCAGCUGACGGAGGUGGUAGAGUUCUGCUGUUCCUUCCUGCUGUCUAAGAUCUGUCUGGAGAACUGUGCCGAGGUGAUGAGACUUCUGGAGGACUUCAGCGUGGGGGUGGAGGGCGUGCAGGAGCAGCUCGACAACUUCCUGCUGGAGAACUUUGUUCCUCUGAUGAGCAAACCUGACUUCCUGCUCUACCUCAGCCUGGAGAGACUGCAGGCGUACCUGGACAGUGAUGCCCUGAGUCGGUUCCCAGAGAUAGAGCUGUAUGAGUCUGUCCAGGCCUGGCUCCGACACGACCGCCGCCGCUGGAGACACACAGACACUGUCGUCCAGUCUCUACGCUUCUGCCUCAUGACCGCCGCUAACGUCUUCGAGAAGGUGAAGACGUCAGAGUUCUAUCGUUACUCUCGACAGCUGCGUCAGGAGGUGGACCAGGCUCUCAGCUACUUCCACGACGUCAACGAGCAGCCACUGGUCGAGACGCGGUCCAACCGCAUCCGCUCGGUCCGCCCGCAGACUGCCGUGUUCAGGGGCAUGAUCGGACACAGCAUGGUCAACAGCAAGAUCCUACUGCUGCACAAACCCAAGGUGUGGUGGGAGUUGGAAGGUCCCCAGGUUCCUCUCCGACCAGACUGCUUGGCCAUCGUCAACAACUUUGCCUUCCUGCUGGGGGGGGAGGAGCUAGGGCCUGAUGGGGAGUUCCACGCCUCCUCUAAAGUCUACCGCUACGACCCCCGCCAGAACUCCUGGCUACGCAUGGCCGACAUGUCUGUGCCCAGGUCAGAGUUUGCAGUGGGGGUCAUCGGUAAGUUCAUCUACGCGGUGGCUGGGCGGACGCGGGAUGAGACAUUUUACUCCACGGAACGCUAUGACAUCACGGCGGACCGCUGGGAGUUUGUGGAUCCGUACCCGGUCAACAAGUACGGUCACGAGGGCACGGUCCUAAACGGUAAACUCUAUAUCACCGGAGGAAUCACCUCCUCAUCCACCUCCAAACAGGUGUGUGUGUUCGACCCGGGGCGGGAUGAGGGGGGAGGGGUGUGUCUUUUCGACCCGGGGCGGGACGCGGGGGGAGGGGUGUGUGUGUUCGACCCUGGACGGGAUGCAGGGGGAGGGUUGUGUGUAGCAGGGUCUGCGGAAACAACGGACACACACAGGACGCGUUCAGCCCGCAGCCCCCUCCUCCCCAACACACACACCAGCUGCUGGGAGAACAAGUCGAAGAUGAAUUACGCUCGCUGCUUCCACAAGAUGAUCUCCCAUAACGGGAAGCUGUACGUGUUCGGGGGGGUGUGUGUGAUCCUCCGGGCGUCAUUCGAGUCGCAGGGCUGCCCAUCCACAGAGGUUUACGACCCUGAGACAGACGAGUGGACCAUCCUGGCGUCAAUGCCCAUCGGGCGCAGUGGGCAUGGCGUCGCAGUGCUGGACAGACAGAUCAUGGUACUGGGGGGCCUCUGCUAUAACGGACAUUACUCUGACUCCAUCCUGACCUUUGACCCCGAUGACAACAAGUGGAAGGAGGACGAGUAUCCCAGGAUGCCUUGCAAACUGGAUGGGCUGCAGGUCUGCACUCUGCACUUCCCCGAGUAUGUCCUGGAGCACGUCCGGCGCUGCAGCUGAGGUCUGGUUCAGUUCAGACACACCCCUUUAAAGUUUGGGAAUGCCCCCCGUUUAAGACCAACUCCUCCUACAGGCCCCAGGCGUGCAGGUGGAGGAUUGGUGUUUACAGGUGUGACACUAACACUCUCUAACACAGAAGCUUUUCAACUAGACACAUACAUGCCAUAGUAAUCUGUCCACACGGGCAGAAAAUUGAGCUUUGCUAGUGAUCAGUGGUGGUGGGCAACUCAAGCUGAUCUGUUUUCAAAAUAAGCUUUUCAGAAAAAGGGAAAAAUUGAGAAGAUUUUUAAUGAUUCAGCUGGUUUAUUUUGGACUGAGGUCAGUUUCAUAUUGUUAUUAUGAUUCCGUUUCAGCCUACAGUCCUACAAGCCCUGUCUGACUGAACUAAUAAUGUAUAAACCCUGGAUGACUGACAGUGGGGCACUGUAUUGAAGCCAUUUUGGGUGGGAAGCUAUAGAAAUAAAUGUUUCAAUGUCUCCAUGUUUUUUACUGGUAUAUUAUAAUAUAUAUGUUAAUUAUGUGAACUAAAAAUACAAAAAAAAGUUUGAUAAAAACAUUCCUUACAGUAAGUACUUUAUAGAGUACUAAUGUUACUGUCCCCACUACUACAAGGAAAUACUUAAAUACGUGAUUUUGUCAAUUUUAUUGGCUAAUUGAUAGCAUCAGCAAUCCAGGGUUUAUUCACGUCAUUGGUCUGAACUAUGUCUGUCUGUAUGUCUCAACCAUGCUGUGUCAUAUUCAUGUGAUGUCAUGUAGUCUCUCUGUAACCCUUUCUCUGAUGCCGCUUUCAAGACAACUGGGAACUCGGAAAUCUCCUACCUCUGACUUCAAGACGUGCGUUCAAGACAACUGGGAAAUCGGGGGGGAGCGACCUCCGACUGGGGAAAAAUAGUUUUGAACGGUCCUCUAAGUCGGAAUUCGAAAGUCGGAAACUCUGGGAUCAUCUUAAAGGUCUUACUUUCCGAUCUGAAGGUCACUGACGUCAUGAUUUGACCUUCCCAGUUCUCUUGAAAGCACCAUUAGUCUGUGGAGCUGGAGUGUGUGUGUGUGUGUGUGAUACAUGAAUGAGCAAAAUAUUUAAAAAUAUGCACUCAUACUAUUGGGAUUGUGAGAAAGAUGAUCAUGGUGAUGAUUUAGCAUUGUCAUGACUACACUGCAAUAACACUGUCCUGCUGACAGAGAGCCAUGUAACAGUUCAGAGGUCAGGGAUGACUGCAGUGUGAAGGUCCCCGUCUCUCUGGCAGUACUGUAUGUAAGAUUUCACUUUAUUUAUUGACGUUAACCAUCUGCUCUGAGUGUUGCUGUGGCAGACGACUGGAGGGUGUGUUAGAUGGUAGGAGUUGGCCACAGAAAUUAACCAGAAACAACUUUUGAUUCAAAAAACAAAAUAAGUUGAUACAGAAAAUGAGUUAAUAUUAAAGAUCAAUUUGAAAUAGGCUCAAAACUCCCAGUAACACAUUAACUAUUUUUGCUUGAUCAUAUGAGUGUCAAAGGUGAUCUGGCUAACUUAUGGAUCCUACUUUGUAAAGCCCUACCCUGGCUUAGUCCUGUCUGUCUGUCUGUCUUUCUGACGGAGCCAGCUGCAGCAUAUGAACCUGCUCAUCUCUCUCAUUCUUCUUUUAAUGAACAACAAUGAAAAGGGCUAAAGCACGUUCUUCUGCAGUUCUGUCAGACAUUUUUUGUAUGUGUGUUUAUGGAGAUCCAUCCACCACCAGCUAACUCUGUGUGAUUGUGGUCGGGAUGUUGGGUUGAUGUGAUUUGCCUUUCAAUAGAGCAUAGUCUUUAUGAUACUUUGAGUGUCACUCUUUCUGAUUCCACAUCUCCCUCCUUUCCUCUACCCAGCGUCCUCUUGCCUGCACUCACGGCUCUAUUCAAUCAAACCUGCAGUGCAGUAUUUAUGCAGUAGCAUACAAACAUGCCUUUUCCCCCAGUCAAAAAGUCACAGAGCGGUUUGUGGUACUGUAUAAAUACCAGGCAGACCCCCCUCACAGGCAGUGGCUCCAUUUGACAGAAUAAGAUGUGUGCAGUAGUGUAUAAACAGGGACUGUUAACAUCACUAAGGCAGCUUAGAUGUAAUAAGGUAUUCUGUCAUCUCCCAUCUUUGUCUAUUUUUUACAUGUAAAAAUUACUAUCGAUAUCAUGAACACUUAGGCCCAGUUGGUUUUCCAGACGGUAAAUCUACUUCUGGACUAAAAAGCAAUGCGCAAUAGAGAAUCUCCACUGAAAGUGGGGUUUUUUUUAGUCCAGGAAUAGUAUGCGUCUGGCAAACGGGCCAAUAUUAUGCCAAACUUCAGUCUUUAAACAGCGGUUUCCAUCUGCUGGUCAACAUGUGUAUUAGUCCUGCUGUUUUUAUUUGGGACAGGGCUUGUCUGUCAUAGCUCAGCAUUUAUAAUCAGCCCUCAGUCUCAGUAGGAUGAAAUUAUAGAAUAUUGUGGAUUAAAAACACCCUGUACGAUGACUAUUUCUAAAAUAUAACAAUCAGAUAAACAAUGUAUUUACUAUAAUCUGAAUAGACACUGCUAUUUCAAACACUUUGUAAUUUAUAUCCAGAAAUAAAUGUUCAUACUGUUAAGCU